UUAUUGAGAUGCAACUUAUCAUGAGUUUUAAAUAAAAAUUUUAGAUCAAAAAAUUUUAAUUUAUAACAAUUCUUACAACCAGAAAGAUGUCAAAUACUGAGGGCUUUUGUAAUGUAGCGCUUGAUUUGAACGAAAGUGACAUGAAUUGUGUUAAUAAUAAUAAUAACAAUAAUAUUAAUAAUAAUGUAAGUAAAAAUAUGAAAGAUUUGGCCGUAUAUGUGAAGAAUGUCAAUUUUGAAUACCGGCGCAAUCAUAAAGUGCUCAAUAAUAUUAGUAUGCAAGUACCACGGGGAAAAAUCUUUGCAUUAUUGGGACCAAACGGUACGGGAAAGACAACUUUUAUUCGGACCAUAUUAGGUCAGCUCAAGUGCAAAAGUGGUACCAUCCGGGUGUUUGGUGUGCGCUCGGGAUCCAAGUACUCAGACAUCCCGGGACCGGGAGUGGGAUAUAUGCCACAAGAGUUGGCACUUUUUGAAGAGUUUACAAUUGGCGAGAUUUUAUCAUAUUAUGGCACUAUAUAUCACUUGUAUGGCAAUGAUAUGCAGCAGAGGAUCGACGCCUUAAUACAAUUAUUAAAUUUACCCGAAAAGACACGACUUAUCAGUCAAUUAAGUGGCGGACAAAUGAGACGAGUUUCCAUAGCCAUCACCAUGAUACAUAAACCCAAACUUAUCAUUUUGGAUGAGCCCACAGUCGGCGUCGACUCACUAUUGCGGAGACGGAUUUGGGAUCACUUGGAGGAUAUUUGUGUUAAUUUU